UUUCCGCUUCUCGGGAGGGUGAUUGAUGCGCACGACGUGACGCACAGCACUUCACACAUCUCGAGCAAACACGUUGCCACACAUGUCAUCGUUCCCAUCGUCUGUGGAGGUUCUCGUCGUCGGCGCCGGCCCGGUAAGCCGCCACUCCACAUGAUCUUGCCGCCCUGUCGCUGCCAUGCAUGCCAUCAUUCUGUGUGUGUCUGUCGCAGACGGGCCUGACGCUGGCCAACUGCCUGCAGCGCCAUGGUGUUGAUUACCUGACUGUGGAUCUCAACGAGAAGGCCGUCGACACCUCCAGGGCGCUCGCCGUCCAGUGGAGGACACAGGAGAUCUUCAGGGACCUAGGUACGCGAUGACGACAAUCAGGCUCCACGAAGACGGUCUGCGCCGAGGAGACAUCUCGGCGUGUGUUGUUUGCGUGUCCCGUCAGGGCUGAUCGACGAAGCCCGUGCCGCUGGCAGGCACAUCCAGGGGAUCAGGGUGGUCAUCAACGGUGAGCAAGCACACGGCACAUCCGGGUGACGAGCGACGACAGAUCUGGGCGUGCUGUCUGGGUCUUGACUAACAUACUAUAGGCAAGGAGACACUCAAGGGCACCCUGCCUGAGGUGAGCGCCCACUACGGACGGCCUCUGGUGCUGUGCCAGUCCGAGACGGAGCGACUCCUCAUCGAGGUGGGCAGGCAGAGAGAGGCGAUAGAGGCGUUCAGAUUCAUGGCGAAACACACGUGUGUGGGUGGUACGUGGUUGUGAUGUCAGAAUCUGACCAGGCUGGGUGGCGGCGACCGAAUCCGACGGCCCGUGGAGGUGCUGAGCCUCACCCCUACUGACGAGGGCGUGACGGUCACACUUCGGGACCUGCAGGCGGGGCCUGAGGCACCCACACACACCAUGACGACACGCUAUGUGGUUGGCUGUGACGGGGCACGAUCAUUCGUCAGGAAGUCACUCGACAUCCCGUUCGAAGGUCGGUGAGUGGGUGUGUGGGUGGAUGGAUGGAGUGGGAGGGAGGACAAAGACAAGAUUGGGAUAACAUGUGUGUGUGUGUGGUGUCCCGUGCAGGCAAGACCAUCCCAGGCGAGUUUGUGGUUGCGGACUGUUUGCUCCGCUGGGAGGUCCCGUCGCACGACGACUGCACACGAGUACGCACGGACACAUCCACACACACCUGCCCACUUGAGUGUCGAUCUUCUGUUUUCUUUCAGUUCAAGGCGAUAUGUGCGGGCGGCGGUGUGCUCUUCUGCGUGCCCAUGUUCGCUAAGGCAGAGGAGGCCGAGGCCGAGGUCGAGGAGGUCACUGCACCCGAGCAGGUCACCGAGACCCCACCCGCACCGCCCGCACCAGCACCAGAGGCAAAAGACGAGGAGGAGAAGGCCGAAGAGCCACAGGCGGAGACCACUGAGGGCGCCAAGGAGGGUGCGGAGGAGCAGAAGGGCGAGGCCGUCCCCGAGGCCGAGACCAAAGAGGGCACGCCUGAGGGUGAGAAAGCGGAAGGAGCCGCUGAGGAGGAGAAGAAGGAGGGCGAAGCGGUUGCCAAGACGGAAGAGGAGAAGGAGGAGGUCAAGCCCCACCUCUGGCGCAUCAUCACGACCGUACCGGUUGGCAAGGAGGGGCCCAGCAAGACAUCACCCAGCAAGGAGGAGGUCGAAGAGAUCAUCAAGAAGGUACGCAGACACCCGACGACCGCACCGGCACACGCUGGUCGGCAUGUGCUGUGUCGUGUCGUGUCGUGUCUGUAUGCAUGGGUGCAGCGUGUUCCGUCUGCUGAGUUGGUGGAUAUGCCGUGGUCGGCCCGCUACAGCAUCAACAAGCGAGCUGCCCACCUCUACUACAAGGACAAACGCAUCUUCCUCGCCGGCGACGCGGUGAGUGCACCCCGCCCCGCCUGUUCUCCAUCCAUCCAUCCAUGUAUCCAUUAUCCAUCCGUUGCUGCAUGCAUAUGCAUGUGUUUGCUGUGUGUGUGUGUGUCAGGCUCACGUGCACCCGCCUCUGUUCGGGCAGGGCAUGAACACGGGCAUCCAGGACGCAUACAACCUCGGGUGGAAGCUGGCCUUCGUCCUCAAGGGAGGCGCACCCACACAGCUCCUCGACACCUACGAGGCGGAGCGUUUCCCAAUCGACUGUAAGUGACCCACAUGCACGCGGACACGUGCAUGCGGAAGGGACGUGUCCGUGUGUGUGUGGAUGUGUUCCUUCAGGCCAGACUGUCAGGCGCACGUCGAGGGGUUUCCCGGGAAUCUUCAAGGGGGGCAUCGCAUCGCGUUUCUUACUCGGCACGGUGGUUCCCAUCGUUUGGACCCGCCCAGCCCUCACGGACCGCCUCGCCGGGUUCAUCAGCCAGACGCAGCAGGCCUACCCCGCCGACAAGGGCGUCAUCGGCCCCGCCGCCGUCCACCAUGCCAUCGUACCCGGCUCGCGCGUCCCCAACGCGUCCCUCGAUGUGCUCGACCUACAGGAGGUGGAGGGCAAGACGGAGGCCGUCAAGACCAGGGACACGCCCGUCAGCGUCCAUGAGGUGAGGGAAGCGUGAAUGCUUGGCGCGAUGCGUCAGGCAGCUGCAUCGAUGUGUGUGUAUGUGUGUGUAUGUGCUUCGCAUGUGCAGUUGUUGUCUGGUCCCCACCACACGUUGAUGCUGCUGGUGGCGAUGGAGUCUGCGCCCGAGCACGCCGCCCCCAAAUCAUGGACCAACUGGAUACCCGGCUGUGGCGAACCCAGACGAACCACGGAAGGUACACCGAUACGCCCACACGCACGCACGCGCACACACCUGAGCAAUCGGCAUGCUCUUCGUUGCUCUGUGUGUGCAGAGGGAUGGCUACCCGACGUGUCGCAGAAACUGUCGUCGCUCGCCUGUGAGAUGACGUGCAAGCUCGGCAAGGCCGGUGAGACGUUCAGCGGCGUCAGGGUGGUGGUUGUGGUGCGCGGAGCCGCUGACACGCUCGGCAAUGCCUGUGAGGCCAUCAAGAAUGCAAUCGAGAAAUGGUGGGUGGGGGUUUCUGGGCACAUGAGAGAGACAGAAAUCGUAUUUUGGAUGGAUGGAUGGGCUUGUGUGUGGACUGUUUGUUUGUCUUUUGCAGCUGCACUGAGGGGUCGGGCUGCGUGGCCCCCGAGGUGUUGUAUUGCGACGACAGCAGCCACGACCUCCUGGACCUGUACAAGAUCCACAUGUGGCCGGGCAAGAAGGCAGGCGGGGCCUUCCUCAUGAUCCGACCCGACGGUGUCCUCUCACACAUCGGUAUGACCAACUCACACGCAUACCAGACGUCCAUCCGUCUGUCCGUCUGUCUGCUUGAAGGUUACGCGAGCGACUCUUACGCCACCAAGAAGCUGCGUGACUACGUCGAAAAGUACCUGAUCCCCAAGAAGGAGGAGCCGCCCAAGCCACAGGAGGAGACCAAGGAGGAGACCGCCCCCGAGCAGCCCCCAGCAGCGGCCGCCGAGCAGCCCACAGCAGAGGACGUGAAGGAGGUGGUCACAGAGGAGGUCAAGAAAGAGGAGGCUCUCGGCGAGACUGAGGAGGAGAAGGAGGAGGGCGAGGGCGAGGGCGAGGCUGUGACGGCCGCCCCUGCCGAGGGCGAGACGGAGCAGAAAGAAGAGGCCACACCCGAAGAGGGGAAGAAGGAGGGCAAGGGCGAGGAGAAAUGAGGGAUGGCACAGGGGGCCGGCCAGACACUGCGCUGAUCGAUCGGAUCGGUUCACGUCUUUUUCAUACGGUUUGCUGUUGACGAAGGAAGCAAGCCGACAUCUGUGCCAUACACACAUACAUACAUACAUAAACACAUGAACUGGACGGUCGAUUUUUCCCCAUUUGUUGUCGUUCGUGCAUGGCGGCCCAAAUCCUAUGUCUCUCGUCAACACACGCGACACGAAUACACACAUACACGGUUGCAUCGCAUCCAUCCAUACGUAUGGCUUUUUGUAUCCGCCUUUCUGGACAUGAACCAACGAGUGUGCUUCUUCUUUUUCGGGUGCCAUGGCCGUGUUUAUUAAGUGCAUGGUAGUGGUGGGUAGCUGGUGGGCGAGAUCUUUAUCUGUGUGGAUGUGAACGUGGGCUUACUCUAUCCGUCACCAUGUCAUGUGGUCUGUGUAAGGGGUGGUCAACGGAUGUGGUUAAUGGUGGGAACGCGCCACUUUCUCAACAGCAAAGUGGGGCGCUCGGUUCACAUAGAGAGGAAGAUAGCAAGGCCGCAACAGCAUUGGAAAGACCCGCUCGCAAAACAAGUAGCAUCGCGUGCUGUGCUGUGCAGGUGCAGCCCCAAUGCUACUUAGCGAGCGCGUAUUUGCGAUGCUGUUGCGGCCUUGCAAGACGCGACCUUGACGGAUGACUGCAUUCGAGGGAGGCACAGCGGGGCGGGAUGGUGCGUGGCUGAAUGAUCAUACCACGAAUGCAUUUAUCUGUUAGCCAGCCGUGUGCGAACUCCUCCGUACGUAUUUUUCUCGGUGUGCGAACUCGCGAUCGCGUGUGGUGGUGGUGGUGGUGGUGGUGGGGCUUCUCAUUUUUCCUGGCCGCCGUUGGUCUCUCGUGAGAGUCACCGACAUCCACCCGCAGCUGCUAUUGUCAUGGGAUCUGCGGGGAGGUGUUGGCGGCACCCGUAAGAGCCGAAGGGCGGAAGCAAGGGAAAGAACGAUGAAUGGAUGGAUGGAUGGAUGACGAGCCAAGAGACCGAAGCGAUUUUUUCCUUCACUGUUGGCCAGGCUGGCUGGCCUGUGUGCUGUGUGCUGUAUUGUGCGGUGGAGAGCCAGCAAGCGGAUCGAUGACAUGGAUGAAUGGAUGUAAGAUGGCAGUUUUUUGUUGUCGUGUAUGGCCAAUCGGCAGGCUGGUCCGCAGGGGUCUCAUAGUGGAGCCCCCCCCCUUGCGACUACUAAACUGCUGGUUGUUUGUACACGUUGGUUUGGGUUGCAAUUGUUUUCUGGGCUCACCUGCACAUGAGCGUGCCUUGGUUUCUUGUAAGUCGGAUCUGUGCGCACCGGCCGG